AUGAAAGUUAGCAAAGUUUUCAAGCCGAUUGUGAAAUUUGAGAAAAUCGGUGAGAAAUAUUACCAUAUUGAGAACAAGGAAAGACUGAACUGGUAUGAAGCUGUCUCCAGAUGUAGAAGCAUGGAAGCCAACCUUAUUAGCCUUCAAAACGAGGAAGAGUGGAAGGCUAUCACCAAGCAGAUUCGUCAUUACAAUAAAUAUUGGGUGGAUAUCAACGAUGAGGCAACCGAGGGCGAAUAUAUAUCCGAAUCAACCGGAGAGGAAGCUCCUUUCCUAAAAUGGUCUGUCGAAGAGCCAAAUAAUUCGAAAGGUGUCGAAAAUUGUGUUCAGAUGCGUGAAUCCUAUGGUCUAUUCGAUGAAACACCUCAUUCUAUGAACGACGUCGAAUGCACCUCAAAAACCUUUUUUAUAUGCGAAGCCAAUGAAAUAUGA